UGUGGGUGAUAUAGGCUACUCUAACGGGGUGAACAUCCGAUUGUGCGGGUCUAAUUGUUAAUGUUGUUAGUUUUUGAUGAAUGGAAAAUGCUACAGUUUUGUGCAGGUGAGGCAGUAGAGCCGACUGGGCAAGGCUUUGGCCUUCACGAUACUUGCCUUUUCAUCGGUGUGGACGCGAACAGGGGAUAGCAACUCCAACCCACAACAACACUAACUAACUAAUGACAAGAACAAUAAUAAUAAUAAUAAUAAUAUGCUGUCAAAUAAUAUAUUUCAUUCACAUUCAAUUGCUUUGCCUAUUUUAUUAUGAUAUCUAUAUUGCGUAAGCUAUCAUUUUUUUUUUUUUGUCUUGGAAGUUAUUUUGUCCUGGAAGCAAGUACCACAAGUGGUUUAUUCUCACUCUGUAAAACCGUUGAUGGGGAAACAGGCAUUUCGGAGCCAGUGAAAAAACACCACAUGAAAAGAAACAGUUGGGAUCACAGGAGCCGGUGCGUGGGCAAUUUUACUAUACAAGACAACGAUGGAAACCUGCCACGCCUCCGAACCCUGUUCUGCGCACUGAUUGGCGGGUGCGGAUGGGAAAGGGGGAUGCUCUGGAUAAAACGCUGUGCGCUGCACUUACAGGUAGAAUGCUGAUGGUCCACCGGUGCAAAUGAUUGACAAUAUCGCAAGCUCUAUUAGUACAUCAAUGCUGACUAAAUAUUGAGAGAAAAGCGCCUGAGUUGUUGAUAGACUUCAACGUAACAAACCUUCAAUGGCAUUUAUUUGAAAAAAGAUUUAAGCCUUUUUCAGUGUUUUGCAUUCUUUAACUCAGUACAUACAGCAGAGGAACGCGCAAGGAGCCGACCAGGAGGACAUGCACUCCUAUCAGAUUAGGAUAUCAGCGAUGAGGCUUAUGUGGUCGGUGUCGAUGUUGGUGCUUCUGCAGCAUGGAGUUCUCGGGGCAAGGAGGUUUAGAGGGGGUCGCAACUCCCAGCCUCGUCGGGUGUUACCCUCAGUGCCGUAUCGGGACCGAGGCGACACGACUGAGAGCUUCUCGCUGGAUUUCACGGCGGUGGAGGAGAACAUGGACAACUUCAUGACGCAGGUGAAGAACCUCGCGCAAUCGCUGUACCCGUGUUCUGCGCAGAAACUCGACUAUGAUAUGAAGUUACACUUUUUGGAGAAUAGUUCCGUUACAUGCAAUGAUGGAAGUCCAGCAGGGUACUACAUAAAAGAGUCUAAAGGAAGUAAAAGAUGGCUUAUAUUCUUGGAAGGUGGCUGGUACUGUUUUAAUAAAGAGAGCUGCAACAGUAGAUAUGAGACGAUGAGACGCCUCAUGAGCUCCACAAAAUGGCCGAACACAAAGACAGGCACAGGAAUUCUUUCCCCCCUGCCAGAAGAGAAUCCCCACUGGUGGAAUGCUAACAUGGUAUUCAUACCAUAUUGCUCCAGUGACGUGUGGAGUGGAGUGUCACCAAAGACAAAUGAAAGUGACUAUGCGUUCAUGGGGUCUCUGAUUAUAAAGGAAGUGGUCAAGGAGUUGUUGACCAAAGGUUUGGACACUGCCAAGGUGGCGCUACUGGCUGGUAGCAGUGCUGGCGGUACAGGGGUGCUGCUGAAUGUGGAUGCGGUGGCAGAGUUGCUAGUGGAGCUGGGGUAUGGGGGGAUCCAGGUGAGGGGUCUGUCAGACUCGGGCUGGUUCCUGGACAACCAGCAGUACCACUGCAGCGACUGCCUGGACACUCUCAGCUGUGCCCCCACUGAGGCCAUCAAGAGAGGCAUCAAGUAUUGGGGUAGUGUGGUCCCUGAGAGCUGCAGACAGGCCCAUGAGGGGGAGGAGUGGAACUGCUUCUUUGGUUACAGGGUUUACCCCACCAUCAAACGUCCAGUGUUUGUGGUGCAGUGGUUAUUUGAUGAGGCUCAGCUGACUGUGGAUAACAUUCACCUGACGGGCCAACCGCUUCAGGAAGGCCAAUGGAACUACAUCCAGGAGCUCGGCCUCCAGUUGAGGAACACACUCAAAGACGUCCCGGCCAUGUUUGCUCCUGCCUGCCUAUCUCAUGAGAUUAUCACCAGGAGUUACUGGCUGGAUGUACAGGUGAAAGGCACCUCCCUCCCCCGUGCGCUGCACUGCUGGGACCGCAGCUUCCACGAUAGCGCCAGGCACAGCAACAAGACCCCGCCCAGGGGCUGUCCCAUGCACCUGAUUGACAGCUGCCCGUGGCCCCACUGCAACCCCACUUGCCCGACCAUCCGGGACCAGUACAGCGGACAGGAGAUGACCGUGCUGCAGUUCCUCAUGCACAUGGGCUUCGAUGUGCAAGCCAUGGCCCAGCAGCAGGGCAUGGACCCCAGCAAGCUACUGGGCAUGCUCAGCAACGGCAGCUAAUCACCACGGCAAUAGUGGGGAUGGUGUUCCACCCCUCCCUCCACACAACUCCCACUCCAGAUACACCUGGGUCUCAAAAGCUGGAAACCUGGAACCUGAAAGCAUACACUCUCUCUCUCUCUCUCUCUCACACACACACACACACACACACACACACACACACACACACACACACACACACACGCGCGCGCGCGCGCGCGCACACACGUCAACACCUCUGCCAGUAUACAUGCUCUCAUACACUUGACCCUGCACUCUCAUGGUCUACAAGUAACAUUCAAGCUCAAACACACUUGAACGAUUAACAUAAUGUACUGAAGAUACACACAACCUUGACAAAGCACACCUCACUGCUACUGGCCUUUAACUUAUCUUUUGGUUGUAAAAGAAAAAAGUAAUAUCACGAAUGUAAUCCGGUUUUAAGGAUA